GCCUGGGCCCGGGGAGGAGGCUGUGGGGAAUGAGCCGCCGCUCGGACACCGCGGGCCCGGCCGGAGAACCUCCCCCGGGUGACGCUUGGACUCUGUCGCUCCCGGUGCUGGGCAAGGGGCGGCGGCCGGGAGCGCGGGUCUGCUCUGUCCUGGCCUCGGUCCAUGACCGCAGGGGCAACCGGGUGGUCAGGCCAUGGAGCGGUGCCGGGCCGCCCUGUUUUUGUACCCAGUCGGCUGCGGGGCUCGACAUCUCUGCUGCCGGGUCCCGUGGAUUGUACUUUACCGAAAUGAUGAGGGCUCUGGGAUAUCCUCGUCUCAUCUCCAUGGAAAACUUCCGGACUCCAAACUUUCCUCUGGUUGCUGAAAUUCUCAUUUGGCUUGUGAAAAGGUACGAGCCUCAGACCGACAUCCCCACGGAUGUGGACACCGAGCAAGACCGGGUCUUCUUCACCAAAGCUGUUGCUCAGUUCAUGGCUACCAAAGCUCACAUUAAACUCAACACCAAGAAGCUGUACCAAGCCGAUGGGUAUGCAGUGAAGGAGCUGUUGAAGGUCACCACUGUCCUGUACAACGCCAUGAAGACAAAGCGAAUGGACACAAACAAUGAUGUCGAGGAAGAGGGUUCCAAGUUCAAGUUUGACUUGGGGUCAAAGAUUUCAGAUCUGAAAACUGCAAGACAACUAGCCUCGGAGAUAACCUCCAAAGGAGCAACCGUGUUUGAUUUACUGGGAAAGGAAGUGGAUCUAAGGGAGAUGAGAACAGCAGCAAUUGCACGACCCUUGGAGAUCAAUGAGACGGAGAAGGCACUCAGAGCAGGAAUUAAGGAGGUUCUUGAACAAGUGCAGAAGACCAAGGACAUGUUGAACAACGUGGCUUCUGAUGAAGCCAACCUGGAGGCCAAGAUUGAGAAGAAGAAGCUGGAGCUGGAACGCAGCAAGAAACGGCUGCAGACCCUGCAGAGUGUCAGGCCGGCUUUCAUGGACGAGUAUGAGAAGAUCGAGGAGGAUCUACAGAAACAGUACGAGAGCUAUGUGGAGAAAUUCCGGAACCUGUGCUACCUGGAGCAGCAGCUCGAGGACCUGCACAGGAUGGAGCAGGAGAGGUUUGAGGAAACUGAAAACACGUUGCGGCUGAUGCAGAAUAAACUGAAGGAGGAGGAGAAGCGGCUGAUGAAAAGCUCUGCAGGCAAAGAAGAUGAUUCUGACAUGGAGAUGCAGGAGGACGAGGGCUCCGACAGUGACGUGGAGGACAGGCGCCCACUAAAGCCACGCCUCACUAGGGAGCUGCCAAUUCACGGGAGAGUUGGUGGUCGCGUGGUUGGGACGAUGCACGGAGGGGACACAGAGGAAGAGGAUGAAUCAGAGAACAGUGAGGAUGACGAUGAGGAGGAAGAAUAUGAAAUUGUUGAUGAUGAUGAAAGCAUCGACAUUCAGCCAGAUCAGUCUGCCACACGAAUACACAAGCAGGAGCUGCUCGAUGAAAGUGACAACGACUUUUAGUCGGACAUGGAGCAGCAACUGAUGCAGAACAAAGUCUAAGUGCAAGGCUCUGGUGAUGGACUUGCUGGCUUGCUCCAGCUUCUUAUUCCAGUGUAUUGUGCAGUGAACAGCUAACUGGCAAGGGUACAAGUUGGUGCUGAAGCAGACAGCACAUCCAAUUCCAGUGUAGUGAUGUUUGUUACAUUCUCAAUUGCAUUGAUCUGGGGUUCUUGGAGUUUUCUUUUAAAAUCCACUAUGCAAACUAAAAUGUUACAAGUUACAAUAUAUUAAAACAGAUUUCAAAUAUCUCAA